AUGCGGUUCGCGGAGGUGGUGGUGCUGGGCGAGGUGCGGGCGAGCGCGCCGUUGCAGCGCGUGCGCCUCGCCAGCCUUGACCCGCUGCGCGCAGCCCGCGACCCGCUGGAGCGGCGGCUGCGCGACAUGGACGCGGCGCUGACGCCGUGGCCGCGGUUCGUGUACGACGCGUUCGACUUCCGACGCAUGCGCGACCUCAUUUGCGACUACUUCAAAUCCAUCAAGCUUGAACGCGUGCCGGAGGAGCCGGUGUCGCUGUCGUUCUGGGUGGCGUCCAAUCUGGCGCUGUCGGCGCGCGACCGCCUCGCGCUCUUCACCGUCGACGACGCGCUGCUGCGCUUGCACAUGGAGCUGCGCUUCAUAGCACGGAAAAGUAUUUUAUGUUGCUCGUCGUGCAUGGCGGAGAUCGCGAGGCGGGAAGACAUAUUUGCAAUGUCUAGUGAUGGCGUGCACUCCAACUACACCAACUUAGGCGGCUACAUGCACGACAUCGUAACGGUGUCGCGCGCGAGCAACACGCACCUGAGCGGGCGGCCGUCGCGCGAGUACUCGUGGUUCCCGGGCUACGCCUGGACCAUCGCCGUGUGCGCGUCCUGCAUGGCGCACGUGGGCUGGCGGUUCGACUGCACGAAACGGAGCCUGCGGCCGCAGCAGUUCUUCGCGCUCUGCCGCAACUACGUGCAGCCGCGCGACCGAGACCACACGCACUACGCAGACCAGCCCGACCAGCCACACCAGCCAGAACAACUCUAG